AUGCCGAUCAGUCCCAUUGCCGAGUUUCUGCCGCUCGGUGCUAUAGUCCAAACGUUUAUGGUCGACAACCGAAACAUAGUCCAAGGCUUUCCAAGUCAGGCACUCUAUGAAGCCUACAACAGCUCUUACUUUGGGGAGACAAUUGGACGAGUCGCCAACCGUGUUUCUAACGCCCGCAUCAACUCUCUCAACGACAAGUCGUAUAACCUGUCCCGAACUGAUGAAGAGCACUCGUUACAUGGUGGGGCCCUUGGCUGGGGUAAGAAGAUUUGGGAUGGUCCAAUACCGAUAGAACAGAGAGGGAUACCCGGAAUUACGGAGCUCGAACGUGGAGAAAGCGUCAUGUUCAAACUCACAAGUGAUGACGGUGAUCAGGGGUAUCCCGGAGCUGUAGAAGCUCAAACUAUUUACACCACGGGCAUUCAGCUCGAGGACGGGAAAGAGAUCAGUGUGUUAGGUAUUGAAUUUGAGGUGAGGAUGAGAGAUGAAGGAAUUGAUCAUGAUUCUGAUGGAGUCGCGGCGACGGUUGUGAACAUGACAAACCAUUCCUACUUCAACCUCAGUGGCGAAGCAAAUAUCGACGGUACAAUUGUUAGCCUUUGUACGGAAAAGUUUCUCCCGGUAAACCAGACCGGGAUACCCAUUUCCCUAGACCCGUUGUCAUUUCCUGGCGUAGUAGCAAACGAGCCAUUCACACUCACUUCUAUGAAUAUAGAUAACUGCUUUAUAGUUGAACCUUCAGCGUCUUCUCAAAUUCCACUAGAUACACGAUCAUCUCCAUUGCGUCGCCUCGUCAGUGCGCACCACCAAGCUACCGGCAUUCGUCUGGAGGUGCUUAGUACUGAGCCUGCCUUUCAAUUUUACACAGGGAAAUAUAUUGAUGUUCCUGCCGUGGAAGAUACUCCUGCCAGGGGACCAAGGUCGGGGUUUUGUGUGGAGCCUGGACGAUAUGUAGAUGCAGUCAACCGGCAAGAGUGGAAAAGUCAAGUAGUCCUGAAGAGAGGAGAGACAUAUGGAAGCCGUAUAGUUUACAGAGCCUGGAGUAAUAAUUCGAUAGUUCAUUAG